AUGAACGAGGCGUCACUUGAACGGGCCUUCAAUGCAGCUAGUAGCGCAGGUUUCAAGCUCUUCUUCUCUUUCGACUACGCGGGACGUGGCCCCUGGCCCAAGGACACUGUCACCAGCUACCUAAAGAAGUACGCGUCCAAGGCCGAGUACUUCAAGCACAGCGACGGCAAACCGUUGGUCUCUACCUUCGAAGGCCCAGAAACUGCAGAAGACUGGAUCGACAUCAAGGACCAAGUCAGUUGCUUCUUCAUCCCCGACUGGUCUUCCGAAGGUGCAAAACCAGCCCUAGGGCUCGCCGGCGGUGUGGCCGAUGGGCUCUUUAGCUGGGCUGCCUGGCCUUGGGGCGCUCAAGAUAUGGACACCUACGUCGACGCUUCUUAUUUCCAAUACCUCGACAGGAAGAACCCCUAUAUGAUGCCAGUAUCCCCUUGGUUCUGCGCCAAUAUGCCGGGGUUCAACAAGAACUGGAUGUGGCGCGGGGACGAUAUGUGGCAUGACAGGUGGAUUCAAGUUAUAUUUAAUAAGCCCGAGUAUGUUCAGAUAAUCUCAUGGAAUGACUAUGGGGAGUCCCACCACAUUGGCCCUUUGUACAGCCACGCCAUGAGUGCGUUCGAUGUUGGAAAAGCUCCGUACAACUAUGCCAACGACAGGCCCCACGAUGGCUGGCGUCUGACUUUACCUUUCUGGAUCGACUACUACAAGAGCGGAAAAGCCACCGUCACUCAGGAAGGUCUCGUCACCUGGUAUCGCACAAGCCCAUCCGGUGCUUGCUCAGACGGCGGAACCACCGGCAACACGGACAGCCAGCUUCAGCUUGAGUUCCCGCCGCAAAGCGUCAUGCAAGACAACAUCUUCUUCUCAGCUGUUCUCGGAGCCGACGCACAGGCGACAGUCACGGUAGGCGGCAAGACAUUCCAGCCCAAGUGGUCCUCGAUUCCCGAUGGCGGCGUCGGUGUCUACCACGGCAGCGUCGAACUUUACGGCGAGACUGGGGCCGUGAGCGUCCAGAUAUCGAGAGGCGGCGGGUCUCUCGCUAGAGUCGACGGGACGGCCAUCAGUGCCGCGAGCUGCCACGACGGACUCACAAAUUGGAGCCCCUGGGUCGGGAGCGCCGUCGCUACCGGGUCCAGCUCCGUCUCGAUGCCGCGAUCUCGCAGUGAGCAGGGGUGUAUCAAAGGGACGGGUGUCAAGGGCUUCACCAAGCUCUGCGAAUUCAACUGCAAAUACGACUACUGUCCAGUGGAUGACGCCGGCGGUGACGAGGAGGUAGACCCUGACGACGCUUGCAACGCGGACGACAGGACCUACAGCGCCCUACCUUCUGACCGUGUUGGAGAGUACAUGCGGUGGUAUCUGAUGGAUCCUGAAAACGCGGCCACCACGGGCAGACAAUAUGUCACCAUCGUCAACCUGACCCCACACCGUUUCAAACUCACUUCAACGCACAAGUACCAGAUGGACGAGUGGGACUGGGGCGAUAUUCCUUCCGGCAGGGCGCGGCAAAACGUUGCACACUAUACUGAGGAGACUGGUAAAAACCCCGUGGAUGACAACGGAGAGGCAUAUUACGACAUUGGAGACACCGGGAAGAAGUUUGUCGUGCGCGUUACUACUCAUAUCCCUGACACGUACCCCAGGCGUGUGGUCUUUGACUUGACCGGGAUGGACAAGGGCCAGCGCGAGUACAAGGUGCCAGAGCAGGAGGUCCCCGUCACACUCGUCAUCACGGGCAGCGACUCGUACGGCUUCAUCACCUCCUUGUCUUUCGGCUCGGGAAACUGGAUGAAUGGCAUCAAGAACGAGAUCAAGCACCGGAAGCUGAUCGACGUGAACCGCUGGCCCAACCUUGGCACCAGUUCGAUGGAGCAGCUGAAGAUGGGGACGUUGAUGAAUAUGAAUAACGGGAAGGGAUGCGUUCUUAUAUUCCUGGACACGGCGCACCUAAAAUAUGCAUCGGAGCCGAUGGCCCUGCCCAUGGAGGGCAUCUACAAGAAAGACGCAAUGAGUUGGUACGAUGCCUGGCCCAACUUGGAGGACACGAAAGAGGUGGCCGAUUGGGCCAUAGCCUCGUGGGCCAAGAAGGACAAGUUCCACGUGGGCCAGUGGCUCAGCUCACCGCACUUCCUGACUUCCACCUUCACCUACAGCCUUCAAGGAAUCGCCAUUCUCCCCACAAAUCCGGCUCUGUACUGGCGCGGCGUUGACGCGAUCUCCCCCGAGGUCUUCCAUAACUUGAAUGUCCUCAUGGUCGACUACAUCGGCAUGGUGCUCAGGAACGAGCCUCAGUGGGAUGCGCUGAGCGCUGAGCUCUAUACUCUAGCCAUCGGUCUCAACCUGAAUACUAUCAGCGAGAACUGCAAGAUCAACCCGCGACGGUCGCCUUUGCUGCCUCCGACCACUCAAAGCCUGGUUAUGCCUUCACGUCCCCUGGUGUCCAAGUUUAAUGGAAUUAUCUUCGCCAACGGGACGAUUAUUGACGACCCACCGCCUGGGUGUCAUCCGGGACGCGUGGAGAUUUUCAGGAAUGGCACGGAGUUCAGCAACGGUACCGUGUUGGCGACGGAUGUGCCUAACCCGGAUUUCAACUCUACUUCAGUCUAG